AUUCGAUGAUAUUAUUAAUAUAUGGUAAGUUUAUCUAACAUGAAUGUUGUCAGCAUCCUAUAUAAUCGUCCUAUAUAAUCCUCUCUGAGCCACCCAAAACCUCAAGUUGACCCUAUCGUUCUGACAGUAGGAAAAUAUAAAAAUCUAAAGUGACAGGAAAGGAUCUCCAGAUGACCAAGUUCUCCUGUAAAUGCAUAUGAUGGUAAAUUAAAAAUCCCUUGAGCUCUGAAUUCAUUGAUUUCCACUUAUACCGGGACGGUAUGGAUAAGAUGGAUAAAAGGGAAAUGUGAGGAAAUAAAGAUAGGAUGUCAAUCACUCUUAAGGGUACAGAAACGCCACCUUAGAAUAAAGGACUGAUAAAUGGGGUUAGCUGACCAAUUUAGAGAGUAGAGACACAGUUAUCACCACUCUAGAUAGAACGACAAAUCACCACUCCUCAGGCCCUACCUUAGAGAUAUAGAUAAACACUCACACUCAAUGGAAUCCACCAAAGAAAUGUAGAGAAAAGUUAAGCACAAUGCUUAAUUAUAAUCAAACUCAACACACUUAUAUUUUCAUUAGAUCAAUAAGAAUAAGGUACAUAUAGGCUUGAAAUAACCCUUCAGGCAUGAGAAUCUCAGAUUUCUAGAUGACACAGUUAAAUGAUAUCGAAAUACAAAAAUACAUAUUUGACUAAUUUAAUAUCCUAGAAAACAUAAACGUCAAUGCAGUCCAGGAAGAUCAUCUCUUAGUAUUUUGCAUAUAAUUUUCUCCAGGGAACCAUAAUUCACGCACAGCUAGAUUCAUUUGAAAAUAGACUCCUUACACUUUAUAAUGCUUCACGGAGAGUCAAUUGGAGUCUCCUGUGAAAAGUUACGACUGAAACAAUCAAGGCUGUGCAUGCAGUCCAAAGAAUCCGGAAUUGUAAAAUUGGUCUCCUUUUGCUCCUGCAUCAUCUACCAUAUUUCUUUAUCAAGCAGUGAGAUAGGGGAGCUUCAUGCUGGAACGGAUUGGAGACCUUGUAUCCAUUGCUUACAUUGGGGUUGGGCAAGAUCUUUCUUAAGAAGGGCCUAAGGAUUUCUUUAAGUAAUUGCCUGGAUUAUCUUAAUUUGUUAUUUCUUGCAAAAUUUUCCUCUACAAGGAUUUUUUUUACUUUUGUUUUAUGUUCUGUGCUUUCAUUUCUGGCAGAUUUCAUAUACUGAAAUGAAUAUAAUUGUACAAACAAGAUUUUAUGUUUUUAUCAGUCAGCUUACUGUAUAAGUUAGAUGAUCUGAUGUCAAUUUUGUGAGGUUUAUCGGUGUAACUUCCUAACUUGAUCGCUGCAUUUGUUGGCGAUCCUUCCUCCUGAACAUGGUACAUAUUCUUAUGAGGUGGAACACAUUUUUUUACGGCAACCUGAAUGAUAAACUUGGAGGCUUCACCAACCUUUGGUACACCGAUUAAUUUGUCUCCAAGAUGUUUUCCUUGGGAUGUGCAUCCUCCUAUACCUGAUGGAUUGUCAGCUGACAUUACUGAUUUUCUCCGUCAAUGUUUUAAGAAGGAUGCUAUGCAGAGGCCAGAUGCAAAGACAUUACUGUUGCAUUCGUGGAUUCAAAAUUCAAGGCGUGUUUUGCAGUCCUCUCUCCGACAACCAGGAGGAUCAGUUAGGAACAUUGAUGAAGAUCCUACCACUGCUGAUGACACUUCAACUAUGGAGGACCAUCAUGGUAUUGAGAGCCCAUCAGAAGAGAAAACAAAGAGUGGUGAUCCAAAAGUUGAGCGGGAGGAAUCUGGGAAAGAGCAUUUGGCUACUGAGUUUGCAGAAAGGGAUGGGUCUGAUGGGGGUCACAAUGCAAAGUGUGAUGUUGAUCAGGAUGUCUGUGUGGAGGCUGUGGAUAGUUUAAGAGAUGAAGUAUUUUUUGCUAGAGAUCCUACUUUAGUUUUCCAUGAAAAGCCAUAUAUAAGCUCUUCCAAUAGAGAAGAAGAACCUUCUAGUCAUGAAAUGGUGUCUAGUGGUGCUGUAAACUCUCCAAGAUGUGGAAGAGAAAUUGUUUCACAUAUAGAAAAGGAUGGUGAAGGAAGUUCUAGCCAUGAUCAAAGUAGCUUAUUUUCCUUUAAACCGGGAAUCCAGAAAAAUGGCCUUGAAAAGGUUGCUUCAUCAGUCAUGGCUGGAGGUGAUGAGCUAAGCAGAUUUAGUGACAAGCCAGGAGAUGCUUCCCUGGAGGAUUUAUUUUCGCCGCUGGACAAAGUUCCAAGAGGUCAAGGUGCUGAACCUUCAACCUCUGAUUCAGAGCAAAGAACUAUACUUCAUUAUGAUGGUGGGAAAAGUGUUUUAGCAGAAGAGCUGAAGGCUAGGAUGACUAGGGCCCAUAUGGAGAAUGAGGCAGGACAGAGAAAUGGCGAGAUGUUUCUAGAAAUGAUGAUGGAUGCUAUUAAUGAAAAAGUGAUUGACGGUUCGGUCUUUGAUGAAAAUUUGCAUUCUGACAGUAUUUUUCAGCUUCAGUCUGUGGAGUUCAGCAAAUUAGUUGGUUUGCUGAAGCCAGAAGAAUCUGAAGAUGUAAUUUUGUCAGCAUGUCAUAAGCUUAAUGGAUUUUUCAUCCACCGUCCGGAGCAAAAACACGUUUUUAUGUCUCAGCAUGGUUUGCUUCCAUUGAUGGAACUUUUAGAUGUUCCCAAAAAUCGUGUUAUCUGUGCUGUACUUCAAAUUAUUAAUCAGAUAGUCAGAGAUAAUGUAGCCUUUCAGGAAAAUGCUUGUCUAGUUGGCCUUGUUCCAGUCAUAAUGAACUUUGCUGUGCUUGAUCGCUCCAGAGAAGUUCGUAUGCAAGCAGCCUGUUUCCUCCAGCAGCUUUGCCAGUCCAGCACACAAACAUUGCAAAUGUUUAUUGCUUGCCGAGGAAUACCUGUUUUGGUGGGUUUUCUUGAGGCUGAUUAUGCAAAGCACAGGGAAUUGGUUCAUCUUGCGAUAGAUGGCAUGUGGCAGGUGUUUAAGUUACAGCAUUCGACCCCACGGAAUGACUUUUGUCGAAUUGCUGCUAAGAAUGGAAUACUUCUCAGGCUUGUGAAUACCCUUCACAGUUUGAAUGAAGCUACCCGCUUAGCCUCUGUACCUGGUGGAAGUGGAGCACUUCCACAGAAUGGUUCAUCUCCAAAACCGAGAUCUGGUCCAUUGGGUCCUCUUCCUCAUGCCAUGCAGUUUGAAUCACCCUUAUCCAGUUCUGGACAACUUGAUUCUUCCAAGGUUAGGCUUGAACAUCAUUUGUCUGGUGUAGCAUUAGAAUCAUUGCAUACUUCUCAGAGGCCAGAAGUAAUUCAACUAGAUUCCAAACAGCUCUCUGGGGACAUGGAGAAGGUUCCUGCAGGCCAUGGUAAAUUAGAAGCUUUGCUAUCAUCCAAGUUCUAUGAUAACACCAAUGAGAAUGGUGGAAGUUGGGCAACUAGAAUUUCAGCAUCUGCAGCUUCAAAAAAGAAUGAAUACACAGGCUCAUGGAAACCUGAUUCUUCUCGAUCAGAAGUUGAAUUACUUAGGCAACAAAGGGUUUCCAAUUCUGCCACUAGGAAUUCUACAGAUAAACCUCCAAAGCAUUUUGACAUCUCAUCAAAUGGACACUCUGGUAUAACAAAUCACCUACCAUCUCAGCAGGAUCAGAUUAGGCCUCUGUUGAGUCUGUUGGACAAAGAACCACCUUCUCGGCAUGUCUCUGGACAGCUUGAUUAUGUUCGCAACCUUUCUGGACUGGAAAGGCAUGAAACCAUUUUGCCGCUUUUGCAUGCAUCGACAGAAAGGAAAACCAAUGGUGAACUUGACUUUCUGAUGGCUGAGUUUGCAGAGGUUUCAAGACAUGGACGAGAAAUUGGAGGUUUAGAUUCUAAUACCAAGCUUUCAAGGAAACCAAGUAAAAAAAUAACAGGGCCUAUUAGUUCAGCAACUUCUAAUGAAGGAGCUUCAACAUCCGGAGUUGCAUCUCUGACAGCUUCUGGGGUUCUAUCAGGGUCCGGAGUUCUAAAUGCAAGAUCAGGGAGCACAACAUCCUCUGGAUUGCUUUCUCAAAUGGUUUCAUCAGUCAGUGCUGAUGUGGCGAGGGAAUAUCUUGAAAAAGUGGCAGAUCUGUUACUAGUGUUUGCCCAAGCAGACACUAUUGUGAAGUCGUACAUGUGCAGCCAAAGCUUGCUUGGUCGUCUUUUCCAAAUGUUCAAUAGGAUAGAGCCUCCGAUUCUUCUUAAGAUUCUUAAAUGUAUCAAUCAUUUGUCAACCGACCCAAAUUGUUUAGAAAAUCUACAGCGCGCGGAUGCAAUUAAACAUUUGAUUCCAAAUCUUGAGCUUCAUGAUGGUGCACUUGUAUCUCAAAUACAUAAUGAAGUCCUCAAUGCGCUUUUCAACCUUUGCAAGAUCAACAAGCGCAGACAAGAACAAGCAGCUGAGAAUGGAAUUAUACCACACUUGAUGAAUUUCAUCAUGUCAGAUUCACCUUUAAAGCAGUAUGCAUUGCCUUUACUUUGUGAUAUGGCCCAUGCUUCUCGUAAUUCCAGGGAGCAAUUAAGGGCUCAUGGAGGACUAGAUGUGUACCUGAAUCUCUUGGAGGAUGAAGCCUGGGCUGGGACUGCAUUAGAUUCUCUUGCAGUAUGUUUGGCUCAUGAUAAUGAUCACAGGAAAGUGGAGCAAGCAUUGCUUAAGAAGGAAGCCAUUCAGAAAUUAGUCAAGUUCUUCCAGUGCUGCCCUGAACAAUAUUUUGUCAACAUAUUGGAGCCUUUCUUGAAGAUAAUAACGAAAUCAUCCCGAAUAAAUACUGCCAUGGCUGUCAAUGGUCUAACUACUUUGCUCAUUGCAAGGCUCGACCAUCAAGAUGCUAUUGCACGACUUAAUCUGCUGAAACUAAUAAGGGCUGUCUACGAGCAUCAUCCUCGACCAAAGCAGCUCAUAGUAGAGAAUGACCUCCCACAUAAACUCCAGAACUUGAUUGAAGAACGAAGAGAUGGGCAGCGUUCUGGAGGUCAAGUCUUGGUGAAACAAAUGGCAACUGCCCUACUCAAAGCACUUCACAUCAACACUGUUUUGUAAUUCGAGCCAUUUAUUUGUUCCAUCUUCCUGUGUAUUUUCUUCUAGCAAUGUAUAUUUAUUUCCCAAAGAAAAUGUAAUUAUUCUUCCCCCUUUUCUGUUUUUCCCCCUUGUGUUCUCUGUUGUAAGCCUGCAGGGCGGGUUUUGUGUGGCCACAUUUUGUAAAGUUGCCCAAUUUAAUUGAACUGACUGUUUAGGUAAAAGUUUGAUGAGUAAAACUGUAAAGCUGUGACCCGUUAAGCUGAAUUGAUUGUUUAGGUUAAUUAGGAAAAAAAAA